CAGAAAAUGCAACUCCAUAUCCAUUUACACAAAUGUUUAAUUUUGUUUGUUCAUUUCUCCUACUGAUAUUCAGCCAUAUAUUAAUUCCUUAUCUAGCCUAUAAUUUUUUUUUACUAUCCUCCUACACUAAUCUCGAGCAAGGCGAGGUCAGGCGAUGAGCAGAGCCUGGCUUUGACCGGAGUUUGCUUCGCGCGCUUUCAUUCGACUUGUAUAUAAAAUCCCGUGCGGCUAAAGCAUCCACAAGCCAGAGUUACUAGUAGAAGAGGGACGGGAUCACAGGUGCGAGAUGGUGACAACGAUCGAGGACCUGCACGCCGACGUGCUGGCCCGGGCGCUGAGGCGGCUGGAUGGUCGGUCGCUGGCCGCGGCGAGCUGUGCGACGGCCGGGCUCCGGGCGCUCGCUGCGGACCCGGAGACGUGGCGCGCGCUCUGCCUCGCCGAGUGGCCGUCGCUGGCGGGACAGCCCCGGCUCUUCGCCGCGAUCCCGCCGCGCCGGCUCUUCGCCGACACGUACCCGUUCCCGUCCGCGGAUUGCGGGGACCUCGGAGGAGGCGAUCUCCCCGGGGAGCUCGUGUCCACGGUGGAUGUCUACUGCAGGGGCGCGCCCCUGCUCUCCCGCGUGGUGGAGACGCCCGCGUCGUCGUCGUGGUUCCUCGGCUCGCCGUUCCGCGUGGAGGCCGUCGAGCGCAAGAAGCCGGCGCCGGAGGCGGUGCCUUCGCCGGCGGAGCUGGAGCUGAGCUGGGUGGUCGUGGACCCCGUCCGCGGGCGGGCGGUGAACGUGUCGAGCCGGCGCGCGGUGGCCAUGGAUAGGCACUGGUACACGGGCGAGACCCUGGUGCGGUUCGCGGUGGUGCUGGGCGGGUGCAAGUUCGAGGCCACGGUGACCUGCUCCGAGGGGUCCCAGCUCGUCAACGAGGUCAGCGCCGUCAGCCUCGCCGUGGAGGACGCCGACGGCGCCGCGGUCAGCGGCGAGGGCACGCUGCGGCUUCUCGCUGCGGCAAUGAAGGGGCCGAGGAGGGGAGGGGAGAGAGAGCCGGAGGAGGCGAAGAGGAUGUACGAGGAGUUUGUGAAGAGGAAGAAGGGCAGGAAGGAGAGAAAGGCGCGACGCGAGGCGCUCGUGGACCUGUGCUGCUCCGCCGCCAGCGCCGUCGUCGUGCUGACCUUCCUCGCCGCUGUCGCGCUGCGGUGAUCGGAGUCUGCCGGCUGCCGGCCGGACAAGUGCAUGCCCGGUUCUUUUUUCACGCCGACCAACUGGGGCAAUAAAUGAGUUGAUCAUCAGCGUACAAUAUCGAGUAAUAGCAGUUCUUUUGUGCAACACCUUUUUCCUUCAGUAAUAGCAGUUCUUUUUUUUAGAAGUUUGGUAAUCGUGGAGUAGCAGUUAGGAACUGUACAUCACCAUUUCCUGUACUGAUGUACAUCGUUUUCCUUUAACUAACAAUGUGAACAUAAUA